AUGCAGCAAAUCUUUAUUCCAAAUCCUGAAACAAGAGGAAAAGUUCAAGGAUGGAUGGACAAUGUAGGAAGACAAGCAGGAAACUACUAUAACAAAGCAAAUGACUACUAUAACCAAGCAGGACACUACAUGGACCAAGGUGAAAGAUUCUUUAACAGAGGAUAUAACCAUGCACAACAGUGGGUAAACAACAACCAACCUCAACCGCCUCAAACGUGGGGAAUGUAA